AUGUUAUACUGGCAUAGUAGUUACGGUAUACCUAUCUAUCUAUCUAUCUAUCUAUCUAUCUAUCUAUCUAUCUCAUUUUGUUCAUUAUCUAUCUAUCUAUCUAUCUAUCUAUCUAUCUAUCUUAAUCUAUUCAGAUCUAUCUAUCUAUCUAUCUAUCUCAAUCUAUUCAGAUCUAUCUAUCUAUCUAUCUAUCUCAAUCUAUUCAGAUCUAUCUAUCUAUCUAUCUAUCCCAAUCUAUUCAGAUCUAUCUAUCUAUCCCAAUCUAUUCAGAUCUAUCUAUCUAUCUAUCUAUCUAUCUAUCUAUCUAUCUAUCUAUCUAUCCAAGUGCAUUCUUUAUCUAUCUAUCUAUCUAUCUAUCUAUCUAUCUAUCUAUCUAUCUUAAUCUAUUCAGAUCUAUCUAUCUAUCUAUCUAUCUCAAUCUAUUCAGAUCUAUCUAUCUAUCUAUCUAUCUCAAUCUAUUCAGAUCUAUCUAUCUAUCUAUCUAUCCCAAUCUAUUCAGAUCUAUCUAUCUAUCCCAAUCUAUUCAGAUCUAUCUAUCUAUCUAUCAAUAUAAAAUUAAAUAAAAAGCUUAAUCGCAGAAUCUUGUGGCCAGCCGCUCUCGUUCAAUCAUGUCAGUGUCGUGCAGAGGAGGAGGUCAGAAGGUUGAAGUCGCUGAGAUUGUCUCUAUGGCUUUCCUUGGCAACAUUCCCGCCUGCCGACCGGGUUCUGUAA